AUGACACUCUCUAUAACACCAACUACCCAACCACACACUUCAACUUCCUUCUCAAAACCUAACUUCAACCCAACUUUCUCACAUGCCACAACCCCAACCUUACCCUUCAAUAAGUCCCAACUCGCUUGGGAUCGCAUCAGGAGUGACUCAGCGCAAUGCAACUCGCCCCGACUCGGUCACAAGUGGACCCAAUACCAAGGAAUCAACUACUGGGAAGGCUUGUUAGACCCUCUCGACGACAACUUACGCGCCGAAAUCCUAAGAUACGGCCACUUCGUGGAAUCCGCUUAUCGCGCUUUCGAUUUCGACACCAAUUCCCCAACCUACGCCACGUGUCGUUUCCCUGAAACAUCGCUCUUGCCUCAAACGGGCAUGCCAAAAUCCGGCUACAGAAUAACAAAAAACUUACACGCCACGUGCGGAGUUCAAUUACCCAAUUGGAUUUCCUCAGUAUCACAACUGCCACGUGUCCAGUCAAGCUGGAUUGGUUACGUGGCCGUUUGUGAAGACGAGGAUGAAAUUGUGCGCUUGGGAAGACGAGACGUGGUGAUUGCGCUGCGGGGAACCGCCACGUGUAUGGAAUGGUUGGAAAAUCUUCGUGUUACCUUGACAAAAUUGCCUAACCAUAUGGGCUGUGGAACCGAAGAUUGCAUGGUGGAGAACGGUUUUUUGAGUCUCUAUGUCUCCAAAACGGGUGCGUGUCCGAGUUUGCAAGACAUGGUUCGGGAAGAGGUCGCUAGAGUGAUCCAGUUGUACGGCCACGAGCCACUUAGCAUAAGUAUAACCGGCCACAGCCUCGGUGCCGCACUCGCAAUUCUCAGCGCGUAUGACAUAACUAUCACGUUCCAAAAUUCGCCAAUUGUAUCCGUGUUUUCCUUUGGUGGGCCACGCGUUGGUAAUGAUCAAUUCAGGAUUCAGUUGGAGAAGAGUGGGACCCGCAUACUAAGAAUUGUAAACUCCGAUGAUGUAAUCACAAAAGUUCCUGGGGUAUUGGUCCAAGAUGAUGACAUGGCUUGCAAUGGGCAUGUCCAGGUGGCGCGGUUGCAGAGUUGGUUCCGCAGGGUCGUCAAGGACAUGCAGUUGGUGUAUGCCGAUGUUGGACAAGAGUUGAGAUUGAGUAGCAGGGAAUCACCAUAUCUAAAGAAAGGAGAUGUAGCCACAUGUCAUGAUCUCAAGACAUAUCUUCACUUGGUCAAUGGUUUUGUCAGUUCCUCUUGUCCCUACAUGAGCAAAACGACCCAGUAUACAGCGGAAGCUUGUCUAUGA